AUGAUGAAGCUCAUCACUACGCUCGGACUCUUGUUACCCCUCACGGCCGCCAAGGUCUCGUACGAUGGGUACAAGGCAUUCAGCAUCGAGGCGGGCGAUGACUACGAUGCCGUGGGUGGUCUCCUGGCAGACCUCAACUUUGUGUCUUUGAGCUGCGAGAGCAAUCACUUGACUUACGAAGUGGCCAUCGCUCCCGAAAGCCUUGCUGCAUUUGAAGCUCUCGAUCUCAACAGCACUCUCGUCAGCGAGGAUCUCGGUACCGAGUUUGCCGCCGAGGGAGAGUUUGAAGAUUAUACGCGCAAGUCAAACUUUACUGAUCUAAUGCUUGGAUCAGUUACCGCUCUUCCCGAUAUCUCCUACUUCAACUCAUACCACACCUUUGAUCAGCACACUCAGUUUCUCGCUGAUCUUGCAUCGGCAUUCACCGGAAAUGCCGAGCUCUUUACCGCAGGAAACUCGGUCGAGGGCCGAGCCAUCCGAGGUAUUCACCUCUGGGGCUCGAGUGGAAAGAGCCAGAAGCCUGCGAUCAUCUGGCAUGGCACUGUGCAUGCUCGAGAGUGGAUCACAGCUCCGACUGUCGAAUACAUGACAUACCAGAUCAUCCAAGGCUACCAAGCCAACGAUGCUGUCAUUCGCAAAACGCUUGACAACUACGACAUUUAUGUCCUCCCAAUCGUGAACCCCGAUGGCUUCGUUUAUACAACCACCAACGAUCGCCUGUGGCGCAAGAACCGUCAGCGACGAACCGGUCAAUCUUGCGUCGGCACCGAUGUCAACCGUAACUGGCCCUAUCAAUGGAAUGUCCCUGGAGGCUCAUCUACCAACGCCUGCGAUGAGACCUACCGCGGCCUUGCUGCUGGCGACACGCCCGAGAACGCUGCCCUGGUCGCCCAUACCAGAUCCAUCGCCCAGAGCACUGGCAUCAAGUUUUACGUUGACUGGCACUCGUACAGCCAGCUCAUCCUCCUGCCUUAUGGAUACAGCUGUUCGGCGUCGGCAAGCAACAUCAACACACAGAUGAGCCUUGCUGGUGGCGUUGCGAGCGCUAUCCAGGGCGUGAAUGGACUGCGCUUCCAGUACGGCCCGACUUGCACGACCAUCUACCAGACUGCCGGAGGAAGCAAUGACUGGGUCUUUGAUGUUGCCAAGGCCGAGCUUGCAUGGGCCUUCGAGCUGCGACCUGCCAGCAGCAGCGGCGGUGGCUUCACCGUACCGGCCAGUAACAUUUUGCCGUCCGGAAGGGAAAUUUGGGCGGGCAUGAGGUACCUGUUUGGUCAGUUCUAA